GGUCCCGCAAUGGCCGGGACUGGCUGCGCUCGGAGCUGCCGGGCCGGGGGCUGGAGCCACCAGGGCGGGUUCACGCCCCGGAGGCUGAGGGCUGGUGCUACUCGUGCUGUGCGCGUCGGACGGCGUAUACUCCCAGCCGGCCCCCGCGGCCCAGCGUUGCUGCCCACGGGAGUUUGGGACGAGCACAUCCCCUGUGCCCUAAAGGACUUCCUCCUUCGGGAAGGGAGAGAGGAAGCCUAGGGGGACGGGGAGAGAAGGGCCCGUUCUGCCUGUCGGGGUGGCGGCGCGGGAGAGCAGUGCCAUGCUCCUCUCCAUCCUGACCGCGCUCUGCCUGUGGCUGCGCCUGGCGCUGGGCGUGCGCGGCGCGCCGUGCGAGGCGGUGCGCAUCCCCAUGUGCCGGCACAUGCCCUGGAACAUCACGCGGAUGCCCAACCACCUGCACCACAGCACGCAGGAGAACGCCAUCCUGGCCAUCGAGCAGUACGAGGAGCUGGUGGACGUGAACUGCAGCGCCGUGCUGCGCUUCUUCCUCUGCGCCAUGUACGCGCCCAUCUGCACCCUGGAGUUCCUGCACGACCCCAUCAAGCCGUGCAAGUCGGUGUGCCAGCGCGCGCGUGACGACUGCGAGCCCCUCAUGAAGAUGUACAACCACAGCUGGCCCGAGAGCCUGGCCUGCGACGAGCUGCCUGUCUACGACCGGGGCGUGUGCAUCUCGCCCGAGGCCAUCGUCACUGACCUUCCGGAGGACGUUAAGUGGAUAGACAUCACUCCAGACAUGAUGGUACAGGAAAGGCCUCUUGACAUUGACUGUAAACGCCUAAGCCCUGACCGGUGCAAGUGCAAAAAGGUGAAGCCGACCCUGGCGACGUACCUGAGCAAAAACUACAGUUACGUCAUUCAUGCCAAAAUAAAAGCUGUGCAGAGGAGUGGCUGUAAUGAAGUAACUACAGUGGUGGAUGUGAAAGAGAUCUUCAAGUCCUCAUCACCCAUCCCUCGAACUCAAGUCCCACUCAUUACGAAUUCAUCCUGCCAGUGUCCUCACAUCCUGCCCCACCAAGAUGUCCUCAUCAUGUGUUAUGAGUGGCGCUCACGGAUGAUGCUUCUUGAAAAUUGUUUAGUUGAAAAAUGGAGAGAUCAACUUAGUAAAAGAUCCAUACAGUGGGAAGAGAGGCUGCAGGAACAGCAGAGGACAAUCCAGGACAAGAAGCGCACAGCGGGGCGCACCAGCCGCAGUAACGCCCCGAAACCCAAGGGGAAGCCGCCUGCCCCCAAACCAGCGAGCCCCAAGAAGAACAUUAAAGCUAGGAGUGCUCCAAAGAGAACAAACCCAAAACGAGUGUGAGCUAACUGCUUUCCAAAAUGGGGACUUCCUCUCAGGUUGAGGCCAGGCAUUACCCACGCAGCCUGUAGAAGGCCGUACACCCCUUGCCUUAACAACUGCAGUCCUUUUCAUAGACACGUCUUGCAGCAUUUUUCUUAAUGAUAUGCUUCAAUUUUUCUUUUUAAGUCACUACAAGCCAUAGUGGUAGGUAUGCCUUUUGGUAUGGAAGGUAUAUGAAAGCUGGUCGAAAGAGCUUAUUGAGUUGAGAAUAAACCAUGUGCAUACUCUGUGGGAGCUCCACGUGGGGAAAAUGCUUUUGUUCUUACAAUUUGACCUAAUAUGUGCAUUGUAAAGUAAAUGCCAUACUACAAACAAAA